CAUUCCGCAUUUGAUUUUUGAAGACGGGACCAUGAUGAUCCCCAGUGUCCUCGCGCCUCCCGCCCUGUACCCGGGGUUAUACCGGCCCGCGGCGGCCCUGCCGCUCCAGACGCUGCCGUCCGCCUUCCCAACCCACUCCAGCUUCUUGGUGGAGGACCUGCUCCGGAUAAGCCGCCCCGCCGCCUUCAUUAGCCGGACUGCCCCGUCGGCGAGCGCCUCCCUGCCCACCGUUACCACCACGGUGUCCUUCAGCGGCGCGCCCGCGGAGCGCGCACUGGCCACGACCGCGGUGACGCGCGAUUCGUGCUCACCCAAAACGUCGGUGACGAGCAGCAAGGACCCGAGUUUUCUCAAGUUUGGAGUGAGCGCCAUCCUCGCACCCUCACCAAAGACAGCUUCCUCUCCUCCUACAAUCCACAGCAUGCACUCCAAGACUUUCCCCCUUCCCUGCUUUGAUGGAACCUUUCACCCCAUCUUCAGGACGCCCUAUUUACCAGCGUCUUCAUCCGUCGUGCCCAUCCCCGGGACGUUCUCGUGGCCACUUGCCGCCAGGGGGAAACCCCGAAGAGGGAUGCUGAGGAGGGCGGUGUUCUCCGACGUGCAGCGCAAAGCUUUGGAGAAAAUGUUCCAGAAACAGAAGUACAUCAGCAAACCCGACAGGAAGAAGCUGGCGUCAAAGCUUGGCCUCAAAGACUCUCAGGUGAAAAUCUGGUUUCAGAACCGACGGAUGAAGUGGAGGAACUCGAAGGAGAGAGAGCUGUUAUCUUCCGGCGGAUGCCGCGAGCAGACGCUGCCCACCAAGGCCAAUCCGCACCCGGAUCUCAGCGACGUGGGCAAGAAGUCCUCCGCCGAGGACGAGGAGGAGGAAGAGGAGGAACAAGAGUUUGUGGGAGAACGGAUGAGGGUGGCGGGAUCCAGCAUCUCAUCUCCCUCCAUCUCCAGUAAACACUCGGACUUCUCAGAGUCAGACGAAGAAGAAAUAACAGUAUCUUAAUUUAUUCCUUUAAAUAUAUAGAGUUAUAACCCGUAAUUCGUUUUUAUGAGACUGUUACCUGGCCUAUAAGAAGCUGCCAUCCCGGGAAUGCCCCCUUGCCCAUAAAUGUCAGUGUUUAAAGAAAAGUUCACUUUGUAGUUUGAUCUGCGCGUGCGCACUGGACAGGAUCUGCUUCUGAGACAGUUUGCUGUUUUUGCACAGCUUUGUUGAAUUGUACAGUAUUUUGUACACUUUUGUAUGGAAAUUUUAUCCCAAGAAUAUUGAGUUACUUCCACCUUGACAUUGAAUAGAGUUGUUUAUUGAAAAAGCUGUAGUUAUUUCGUUAAUAAUUUAUAUGAAUUUGUUUAAUAUGUAUGUUGUAUUAUGUGCUGUAUAUAUGUUUAUUUCACACGUUUUUGUACAAAUACCAAAUAAAUUGUAAACAAGUCAAAUGUGUGCGACUUUCUG